CUGAGAUCCAGACCUGAGCUGGGAGCGGGAGUGGGGCACUUACUGAAUCAGCUGAGCCAUCCAAGUACCCUCCUUUCUUUUGUUCUUACUCUUAGUUUGCGGUGGUGGCGUUAUUUCUGGACAGGGGACUGAGUGGCACCAGUAUUGGAAUGGGGCCUUUGCCCACCCUCACCCCCCACUUUUGUUGAAGGGCUGUGACUGCAGGCCUUCGGGGACACCAAGUGGGGCCAGUGGGCUGGAUCUGCCACUUCAUAGAGCCUGAUGCUAAGUGGAACUACGCGAUGGUGACGAUUGUCCCUUCGUUCUGGAGACACACGUGAGAGCUGUCACAGGGAGAGCUGCGUGGUACGCAGGAAGCUGCCAAGGAGGCGUUCUCGUUUGAAGAUCUAUCUGUGGACUUCACCCAGAAGGAAUGGCAGCUCCUGGACCCCAGUCAGAAGGACCUGUACAAGGAUGUCAUGUUGGAGAACUACAGCAGCCUUGUGUCCCUGGGGUACGAAGUCGUGAAACCUGAGGUCAUCUUCAAGUUGGAGCAAGGGGAAGAGCCGUGGACUGGAGACGGGGAGGCCCCGAGUUCAGGCGGCCCAGAACAAGUUUUGCAAGUAAAUGGUCACAUGGCAUGGCAGCAGGAUAACCAAGAGAAGCUUAGAAAUAUGAAACAAGAUCAUGAAUGUGAUGCAUUUGGGAAAAAAUUCAAUCAGAGCAUGAACUUUGUUCCGUUAAGGAAAUCAAACAGUGAAGAUGAUGUAGAUGGAUUACUUUUAAAACAUCACUUAGAUUUACUUAUUCCAAAAGCAGAUUAUGGAAAAACGGAAGCAGGUGGCUUAAGUGUAUUUGAUAAGUUGUUUCUCCAUCCCAAACCUGAGGAAGCUGAUAAUUGGUUAAAAUACUAUGAGUAUGAUAAAUAUGAUAAAAUUAACUCUAAGAAGUCACAGAUUAUCAUAUAUCAUAGAAACCGUUUAGGGGAGAAACUCUAUGAAUGCAGUGAAUGUAGGAAACGCUUCAAUAAGAAAUCAAGUCUCAUUAAACAUCAGAGCAGACAUAUAAGAGAGAUCGCCUAUGGCUGUGGUAACUGUGGCAAAACCUUUCCCCAGAAGUCACAGUUUAUUACGCAUCACAGAACUCAUACAGGAGAGAAACCUUAUGAUUGUGGCCAGUGUGGGAAGGCCUUCUCCCAGAAGUCGCAGCUCACAUCCCAUCAGAGAACACACACAGGAGAGAAACCAUAUGAAUGUGGUGAAUGUGGGAAAGCCUUCUCCCGGAAGUCACAUCUCAUCUCACACUGGAGGACACACACAGGUGAAAAACCCUAUGGGUGCAAUGAGUGUGGGAGGGCCUUUAGUGAGAAGUCAAAUCUUAUUAAUCAUCAGAGAAUUCAUACAGGAGAGAAACCUUUUGAAUGCAGAGAAUGUGGGAGAGCUUUCAGCAGGAAGUCACAGCUCGUUACACAUCACAGGACUCACACAGGAACAAAACCCUAUGGAUGUAGUGAUUGCAGAAAAGCCUUCUUUGAGAAAUCAGAGCUCGUUAGACAUCAGACAAUUCAUACUGGAGAGAAGCCCUACGAAUGCAAUGAAUGUCAGAAAGCCUUCAGAGAGCGGUCGAGUCUCAUUAACCACCAGAGAACUCACACAGGAGAGAAGCCUCAUGUGUGCAUUCAGUGUGGGAAAGCCUUCUCUCAGAAGUCACAUCUCAUAUCCCAUCAAAUGACACACACAGGAGAGAAACCCUUUGUAUGCAGUAAAUGUGGGAAAGCCUUCAGCAGGAAAUCUCAGCUUGUUAGACAUCAGAGAACUCACACCGGAGAAAAGCCCUAUGAAUGCAGUGAAUGUGGGAAGGCUUUCAGUGAAAAAUUAAGCCUUACUAAUCAUCAGAGAAUUCAUACAGGAGAGAAGCCCUAUGUGUGCAGCGAGUGUGGGAAAGCCUUUUGUCAGAAGUCACAUCUCAUAUCCCAUCAGAGGACUCACACAGGAGAGAAACCCUAUGAAUGCACUGAAUGUGGGAAAGCCUUUGGUGAGAAGUCAAGUCUUGCAACUCACCAGAGAACUCAUACGGGAGAAAAACCGUAUGGGUGCAGGGAUUGUGAAAAAGCCUUCUCCCAGAAGUCACAGCUGAAUACUCACCAGAGAAUCCACACAGGAGAGAAACCCUAUGAAUGCAGUCUUUGUAGGAAAGCUUUCUUUGAGAAAUCGGAACUAAUUAGACAUCAAAGAACUCAUACAGGAGAAAAACCAUACAAAUGCAGCGAGUGUGGGAAAGCCUUCAGGGAGAAGUCAAGCCUCAUCAAUCAUCAGAGAACACACACAGGUGAGAAACCCUUUGAGUGCAGUGCAUGUGGCAAAGCCUUUUCUCGGAAAUCACACCUAAUACCACAUCAGAGGACACACACCGGGGAGAAGCCCUACGGCUGCAGCGAAUGUAGGAAAGCCUUCUCUCAGAAAUCACAGCUUGUUAAUCACCAGAGAAUACACACAGGAGAGAAGCCCUACCAGUGCCAUGAAUGUGCGAAAGCCUUCUCCCAAAAGUCACAGCUCAUUAAUCACCAGAGGACUCAUACAGCGAAGAAAUCCUAGGACUGGGGUUACUGCUACUCUCUGACAGAGCUCUCAGCUCUUCGUUCUUCAGAAAAUGCAGUUAGGGUAAACCUUUGAGAUAAAUAGUCGCAUCACAUUUUACGUCUGGGUAAUCUUUUAGGGUAGGAACUCUGAGGUUAAGUAGGGAGAGCUUUCAGCAGGUUAACCUGUUCAUGUAAGAACCCUGAGAGUAGAAUGAACCUGUGAGAUGCAAUGACUUUCAAAACCCUGUCAGACAUACAGUGGGAAAUGAAAAGCAAUGAGAAGUACUGUGAACGUCAGAAAGCCUUGCAGAGGUGACACCUCAUUUGCUGUUGGGAAGUAUCCUCACUGGGGUAAACCCUAGUCCAGUAAAUGAAGAAAAACCCCAUGAAUGCAGCAAGUAAUGUCCUAUUUUCAUCAAGAAGUCACAGGUCAUUGUACAUUAAGAAAAUACUCUCAGGAAUGAAGCUCAGUGGAAAUGCUAAAUGUGGGACAGUCUUCAUCAGGUAAUCCAACCAUAUUGUAUUUGGGGGGAAUUCAUAAUGUGGGUCAGACUAACAGUUUAAAGACCUUGGAAACGUGCCCCUAGAAAUAAGGCUAUAAAGGGAAGCCAUGCAUUUUUUAAUAGGUGGGGUUAUCAGAAAUGCCCAGUUCUAAUGGUUGAUGUGUUCACUCUGAAGAAUGAAGUUUUUAAAAAUGUGUGAAUAAAUGAAGUCAUUGAAA